CGAUGCUCCGCCCCUUACCGAAGCCCCGCCCCCACUGAGGCCCCGCCCCUCCCUCCCGGUGCCGCCCCGUCCCGCCCGGCUCAGGUGGAAGCGGCGGUGCCGGGUCCUGCGUUGGGAGCGGGGCGUGGAGGCGGCGAGGGUGUGCCGAGCGCCUGAAACUCAUCCGGGAUGAACAAACCACGCGGCGGUUGCCCAACGUCCUGCUUGCUGUGGGAAUAGGCCGAAGGAAAGUGAGGAGCGUUUCCCAAUUGCGCACCCAGGGAACCUGUCAGGCUCCUGCCCGGCCCGGCUGCUCUCGCACCGGUCCCACCAGGCAGAGCAGGAGGACCUCAGCCAUGCCCUCGGGCUCCCGUGCAUGAAGGACGGAGGUGAAGGAAGAAGGAGCCCAUCAGGACGCGCUGCGUGGGAUCCCUGCCACUCUUAUGAGCCUGCCACCUACCCAAGAUGGCAUCCAGCAACAAGAACGGGAGCAGCCGCUCCAGCAGCAGCCGGCUGCAGAGCAAGAAGCCCCCCAACCUCUCCAUCGUCAUCCCCCCACCCCGGGAGGCGGAGGAGGAUGGCACCCGCAAGGAGCCCUCCAAGGUGCCCAUCUAUCGGAAGAGCAAGAGCCUGCAGGAGCCACGCUCGAAGGGAUGUGACAGCUCGGAGCGACGGCCGGGCUUCCGCCGACAGACGUCCCUGUCCCAGAGCAUCCGCAAGGGCACGGCGGAAUGGUUCGGCGUCAGCGGCGACUGGGAGGGGAAGCGGCAGCACUGGCAGCGCCGGAGCUUGCAGCACUGCAGCAUGAGGUACGGCAAGCUGAAGGCUGCCUACCGCGACAUGGAGCUGCCCAGCCAAGAGGUGCCCUCCUUCCAGGGCACCGAGUCACCCAAACCGGCCAAGAUGCCCAAGAUCGUGGACCCGCUGGCCAGAGGCCGUCCCUUCCGCCACCCCGACGACACCGACCGUCCCCAUACCCCCCACCACGUCCUGCCCCCGCUCACCCCCGGCGUCGCGUCGCUGGCAUCGCUGGGCAGCGCCCGCUCCGGCUACAGCCGCCUGCCGCGCCGCAAGAGGCAAUCCGUGGCACACAUGAGCUUCAGGGCGGCCGCCGCGCUGCUCCGCGGCCGCUCUGCCUUGGAGCCACUGGCUGAGAAGCAGAGGAGCACCAAGAGGAGCUUCAUGUACCCCAGCUUCAUGGAUGAGGACGUGGUGGAUACCGCUGACACCCUGGACUCCUCCUUCUUCAGUAAGAUGGACAUGCACGACGAGAUGUACUCCAUGCCGGAUGACGUCUUCGAGUCACCACCGCUCUCAGCCACGUAUUUACGCAUGCACUCAGUGGGGGAGGACGUCAGGGCAUCCCCAGAGGUGGAGCAGACCGCACUACGUGAGGGUGCCCGGCUUGCUGCCGCCUCGGCCGGCCCGGCCCCCCAGAGGGGCAGGCGCAUCGCUUCCAAAGUGAAACACUUCGCCUUCGACCGCAAGAAACGCUACUACGGCCUGGGGGUGGUGGGCCAGUGCCUGAACAGGACGUACCGCCGCAGCCUCAGCAGCAUCGUGCAGUCGCAGCUGGAGAUCACCGACAGCCACCGGCCAUAUUUCACUUACUGGAUCACCUUUGUCCACAUCCUCAUCACCUUGCUAGUCAUCGGCACGUAUGGCAUCGCUCCCAUUGGCUUCACCCAGCACGUGACGACAGAGUUAGUGCUGAGGAACAAAGGUGUGUAUGAAAGUGUCAAGUACAUCCAGCAGGAGAACUUCUGGAUCGGCCCCAGCUCGAUCGACCUGAUCCACCUGGGAGCCAAGUUCUCACCCUGCAUCCGGAAGGACCGCCAGGUGGAGCGGCUCAUCCAGCGCGAGCGGGACCGGGAGCGUAACUCGGGCUGCUGCGUCCAGAACGACAAAUCGGGCUGCAUCCAGACACUGCCACAGGACUGCUCGGAAACGCUGGCGACGUUCAUCAAGUGGCCGAACAACAACACGCCGACCACGGGCUCCGGUGAGAAGCGCACGUCGGGGGCUGUGUGUCACCAGGACCCCAGGACAUGUGAAGAGCCAGCCUCAAACCCCCCCCACGUGUGGCCAGAUGACAUCACCAGGUGGCCGAUUUGCACCUACGAGACCAAAACCAACCACACAGGCCUCCCGCACAUGGACUGCGAGAUCAAGGGCAGGCCCUGCUGCAUCGGCACCAAGGGCAGCUGCGAGAUCACGACACGGGAGUACUGCGAGUUCAUGCACGGCUACUUCCACGAGGAGGCAACGCUCUGCUCACAGGUGCACUGCCUGGAUGAAGUCUGUGGCCUCCUGCCUUUCCUCAACCCAGAAGUCCCCGACCAAAUCUACCGCCUGUGGCUGUCCCUGUUCCUGCACGCGGGCAUCAUCCACUGCCUGGUGUCAGUGACCUUCCAGAUGACAGUGCUGCGGGACCUGGAGAAGCUGGCAGGCUGGCACCGCAUCUCCAUCAUCUUCAUCCUCAGUGGCAUCACGGGCAAUCUGGCCAGUGCCAUCUUCCUGCCAUACCGAGCGGAGGUGGGCCCCGCCGGGUCGCAGUUCGGUUUGCUGGCCUGCCUCUUCGUGGAGCUCUUCCAGAGCUGGCAGGCGCUGGAGAAGCCGUGGAAAGCUUUGUUCAACCUCUCCGGCAUCGUCCUCUUCCUCUUCGUCUGCGGCCUCCUGCCCUGGAUCGACAACAUCGCCCACCUCUUCGGCUUCCUCAGCGGCCUGCUGCUCUCCUUCGCCUUCCUGCCCUACAUCACCUUCGGCACGGUGGACAAGUACCGCAAGCGGGCCAUGAUCAUCGUGUCCCUGCUGGUCUUCCUGGGCCUCUUCGCCUCGCUGUUCAUCUGGCUGUACGUCUACCCCAUCAACUGGCGCUGGAUCGAGUACCUCACCUGCCUGCCCUUCACCAGCAAGUUCUGCGAGAAGUACGAGCUGGAGCAGGUCCUGCACUGACCCACGGAGGGGCUGCGGGGCUGGGGCCGGCCUGCUCAGGGCUCCGGGCCCUGCCAGCCCCGGGGACAGGCCCACAGCCUGUGGGGUGAGGCAGCAGCAGGGCCCUGCAGUGCUAAUCCUACUGUGAACACAACCCCCUUUUUGCAGGGGCACUUUUGUACCUACGGCUCUCGGCCGUGUCCAUCACCUCGGGGGGUGCCUGGGGCUUAUGGGGGCUCUGUGGCCGUGCUCUGGUUCGUCCCUUUCUCCCACCUGUCCCAGUGGGAUGAGGUCCCCCAGCGUUUCUCAGCCCUGGGAUUUUUAAUUGUGGGAGGCUGGAGGGUGUUCUCCUGCAUGGGCUGUGGGGGGAACCCUGGUGGUUUCCCCAGCGGAGGGCUCCGGAGAUGUUUUUGCAGCUCUGACACUCACAGAGCUGAGGAUUGAAGGUAUUUUUCAGCCCGAUGUUCACUCCCCAGGGGCUCGGGAGCAAGGCUGUCCUCCUCGCUGGGUGGGGGUGGGAUUGGGAUGCUGCUUUGUUCCCCUUAUCUCGGUGAGGUUCCGCCUGGAAGUGGAGCACCGUGCUGGGAUGUAAGCAUGGAAGAAGGCACUCCCGUGGUUUUGUUCAUCUCCCUCUGAGUCCCCAUGAUGAGGCAGGGCUUGGCUCCUCAGGACCCCCCCAUGCUGCUGCCCCGGGCCCCCACUGUCCCCUCUUGUCCUUCGGGGUGUAACCAGGUGGCUCAUCCAGUGCUGGUGGGUGACAGUGCUGUUAACAGGGGCAGCACAAGUCCCCCGUCAAAAUGAGCAUCCAGGUGCUGGGGUCUCAGUCCCAUGUGCCCCCCCCCUUCUGCCGCAGGCCGGCUGCAGCCCUGCUCCCCGCUCCUCCGGUGCUGCUCCAGCCAAAGAUUGGCACCUCACCUCAGUUGUCUCUUUUUGAUACUGUUUUUUUCUUUUUUUUUAAAAAAAAAGCUGUGGAAUUUUUUUCUCCCUGAAUAAAUUUCUACCUGUAUUUAAUGAGA